AUGUCAGCACAUCCAUAUCGUCAGAAGGCUGCACCUUCGCCGCCAUACCCUGUCGAUGAUCUUACCGUUCAAGCUUUGUCGAGUUCGCUGAGCUUGCCAAACUCGCAAAACUUGCCAAGCCCACAGAAUAUGCCAAGCUCGCAAAACUCCCACAUCUCGCAAAAUUCCCACAUGUCUAGAGAUCAUGCUGCCUUGCCUAUGAGCCCACAGUUCAUGACUAAAGAACAGCUGCCUUCACCACAGAUGUUGUCGGCCACAUCUUCGCUUACUAAUUUGAAUCUCCCGCUGUUGCUGCAGCCUGCGCUUUAUUCGCAGUCAGAGAGCAAUUUGCCUCAUACCCAUAGCCGCUCUGUGUCGUCGACGCUGUCUUUUUUCUAUGACAGGCCUGACAAUUCUUCUCUUGUGGAUUUCAGACUGAGUGUGCUCCAGCAGCACUUGGGCUCAAACCUGUCGCAUUUAGUGCCUCGGCUCAAGACGCUUGAAUUGUACCGCAAGAAUGCCAAAAGAUCUACUGAUCCUGCCGUCUUAUUUCAGUACGCCCAGCAUAUGUUGCAGACAGCGUUGAUGUUGGAAAACACAAGCCCAGAGGCAUCCACCCCAGCAACUCCGAAAACGCAUGCCAGGCUUGCCUCUUCGCUGUCUCUCAGUGUCGAUGGGCACAAGCGUACUCGCUCGCAUUCGUUCAGCUUUGACGACAUCGAGCUGACAGACCCAAAGUUGAAGCUUUCACUUCUCAAAGAAGCUCAUCAUUACUUGAAAAAACUUGCAGACAAGGGCUAUGUCGAGGCCCAAUAUCUUCUUGGCGAUGCCUACAGUCUGGGUGCGUUUGGCCGAGUAGAAAACAAAGAAGCGUUUAAUCUUUUCCUUUCUGCCGCCAAGCACGGUCACACCGAGAGCGCUUUUCGCACAGCCCAUUGUUACGAAGAAGGUUUAGGAACUGGUCGUGACUCGCGUAAAACUGUGGACUUUUUGCGUAUGGCUGCGUCGAAGAACCAUCCGGCCGCCAUGUACAAGCUCGGUAUGUACUCGUUCUACGCCCGGAUGGGGUUGCCAGACACUGUGAACACGAAAAAGGCUGGAAUUAAGUGGUUGGAGCGUGCGCUGAAUGUUGCAACUGAAUUGACUGCAGCCGCCCCAUACGAAUUGGGGAAGCUCUAUCAGAACGGCUUCAUGGAUAUCUUGUUGAAAGAUGAAAAGUAUGCAUUGGAACUCUAUGCCCAGGCCGCCGCUCUUGGUCACGUUCAACUGUCCGCCAUAUUGGGCAAAUGUUACGAGAUUGGCGAAGUUGUUCCCCAAGACGCAAACUUGUCUAUUCAUUACUACACGCAAGCCGCUUUGGGAGGCCAUCCAGAGUCUAUGCUUGCUAUGUGCGCGUGGUACUUGGUGGGAGCUGAGCCGCAUCUUCCGAAAGAUGAACUGGAAGCUUUUGAGUGGGCUAAGCGUGCGGCCUUGUGCGAAUUGCCAAAAGCCCAGUUUGCUUUGGGCAACUUUUAUGACAAAGGCAUUGGUUGCAUCCGCAAUUCAGCGGAAGCCCAGCUGUGGUACAAAAAGGCAGCAGAAAACGGCGAUGAGAAAGCCCUUUCUCGUAUCACGAAUAAGGAACUCGCUGCCCAACUCUCUAAGAACGUCAAAAGAAAAAAGGGCCGCACAACUCUGUCAGCUGCACAGGAAAAGGAAUGUGUGAUUAUGUAG